ACGACGUUCAGUAGAACCUCCUCUGGUAGAAGUAAUAAAGGAGAGACUUCCUCAGUUAAACGUUUCUGGAGAAUUGUUUUCGUCAUCUUGAUCGUCAGAGAUAAGCAUUACGGCAGUUGUAUCCAACUAUCAUAUUACGAAAUAUACUAUGGAGAAAAAGCCAGAAGAGGAAGCGAUAUUGAAUAAUAUAGAGACUAGCUUAACUGGACUCAGUCAGAGUUUGCUAGAAUUGGGCGUGGCUGCUAGUGAAGUACCCCAGGCUGAGGAAUCUGAGAGUAAAGAAGGCGAGAGUAGUAGGGUUGUUAGUGAUAAAGUGCAAGAGAGUUUAGGCUUCUUAACGAAAUUGAAUGAUUUAAAAGGGAAUACAGAAUUAAGAGUGCCGUUGGAGGCGAUAGACCAAGUAGAUCAAGGGAAAAAUCCAGGUGUAUAUACGAAAGACUUCAUCGAACAAGUCGCUGGUGAGAAUAUGUUCAUGAAUGGCAAACUGAGUGCGGUGAAGACGUAUCAAGAUAUUUUAGCUACUGGAAUAAUGGAAAACUUUACAGAGUUAGUACAAGAAGUAGAGAAGAGACGCAUUUAGUCAAUUCUAUUGUGUAGAUUACGUUGUAAAUUAUUGUAAUAACCCAAACUGAAUAAGUUCUCUAUGUGAACGAAUAGAGGUGCUAAAAAGACGGCACCAGCGACGUUAUCUAAUAAAGCGGGCGCGCGUUUCUCAUGUUUAGCGUGUCCAUAGAAUUGAGCGAUCCAGCUGAUUAUGUGUAUGAAAAUUAGUGUGUAUACUGAAGUGAUGUAAUUGCGACUAAGGAGCAUGAGUGUCAUGAUAGGUAGAUAAGUGAAACCGAUUGAUAUCGAUAAUAUAAAGUAAUAUGUUUGAUAAAUCGCAGCUAAAAUUAUCGCGUAUGUCGUAGAUAACUUGGCUAAGAUAGCAAAUGUGGACCAGAGGAUAAGUGGCACACAAAUCCUAUGAAUAUUUACAUUUGUUGUAUUCUUGUGAUAUCUGAAAUAAAAAUGUAACUGAGAUUCUAAGUCAAAU